CUUCUGCUCAUCAGCCUGACCUCCUGUGUCUGUGGAACAUUUGUAUUGAACGUGACAGAGACCUCCUACCAGGCAGAGGAGAACGACAACAUCACACUGGAAUGGAUGUUUACAACCAAAACUGACAGUUCCUCCACCGUACUUAUAAUUAUUUGUCAACUGUUAACUGAUGUUAAAUGCUUGGUCCUGUAUCAUCUAUAUAAGGGUGUUGAGGUCUCAGAGUCUCAGGAUGGACAGUUUGCAGGACGAGUUCAGUGUGACAAAGACGCCCUCAGAGAAGGACGAAUCAGACUUCAUGUGUCCAGAAUCAGGACUGAUGACUCGGGUCUGUACGUGUGUAAAGUGAGAACAAAUUCUGGUUGGAACACAGGAAAAGGCCGGCUCAAUGUCACUGCAGCGAGGGAUUGGCCUGAACCUGAGACACCAAACACAGCGAGUCGGGAAAGGAGGCCUCCGGUCAAUUCCUGGAUUUUAAUGAAGGGUUGGAUUAUUUGUACAGAAAAGUGGGGCAAAACUCUCGGGGAGAAGAUGAUCUGCAGGAUCCUUCUGCUCAUCAGCCUGACCUCCUGUGUCUGUGGAACAUUUGUAUUGAACGUGACAGAGACCUCCUACCAGGCAGAGGAGAACCACAACAUCACACUGGAAUUGAUGUUUACAACCAAAACUGACAGUUCCUCCACUGUAUCUAUAAUUAUUUGUGAACUGUUAACUGAUGUUAAACCCUUGGUCCUGUAUCAUCUAUAUGAGGGUGUUGAGGUCUCAGAGUCUCAGGAUGGACAGUUUGCAGGACGAGUUCAGUGUGACAAAGACGCCCUCAGAGAAGGACGAAUCAGACUUCAUGUGUCCAGAAUCAGGAUUGAUGACUCGGGUCUGUACCAGUGUGGAGUGAGAACAAAUUAUGGUUGGAACAGAGGAAAAUGCCGGCUCAAUGUCACUGCAGCGAGGGAUUGGCCUGAACCUGAGAUACCAAACACAGUGAGUCGGGAAAGGAUCGGCCUCUACUGUCCUCACACAGGAAAGAAUAGGCAACACACCAAAUCUCUAGAUGAUGCACAGCUGCAGUUACGCCUGAGCUGUGCGGCUCAGGUGCUACCAGGUGUGCUCCUGUCAGUUCCCCUGACCACUGGUGCUGGCAAAACAACUGGAGUUGGUUCCUGA